AUGCCUCAAAGCGCGAAGGAGGAGGUUCAGACGACCGCCCUCAUCAAGGGUAUCCUCAACGGAUAUCCAGGAAACUCGGCCAUAUUCCGCGAAUACCUUCAGAAUAGCGACGACGCAGGGGCGACUAAACAGAUCUUCAUUCUCGACGAACGCCAAUACCCGACCGAAUCUCUUCUCGACCCAGUCUUAGAAGACACGCAAGGCCCGGCCCUUAUUGCUGUAAACAACGGCGUCCUGCGAGAUAGCGACUGGAAAGCCCUCAAGAGCAUCCACUCAUCGAGCAAGAGUACGGACGAAACCCAAACCGGCAAGAAUGGGUUGGGGUUUCGGGCUUCAUAUCACCUAACUGAAAACCCCGAAGUGUUCUCGGGCGAGACCCUCAUGGUCCUGGACGCCCACCGCGAAUUCAAGGAAUACCCAGGCGGAAUAUCUAUCAACGUGGUUUCGGAAGGACAUGCGUAUUCCGACCAGCUCGCUCCAUUCAAGUCAGUCGUAAACGACCCCUUCCAGAAAUACGAAGGGACUGCCUUCCGUCUGCCUCUCCGAACCGAAAAGCAGGCAGGACGCAGUCAGAUCAAGCCAGGCGAACCAACCUUGAUCCAGGAGAUACGGGAUCUUCUCCUGGGCUUUGGCUCUGACGAGCUCGAGCAGACCGUUCUUUUCUUGAAAAACAUCAAAACGAUUGAGAUACGCCACAUCAAAGCCAACGGCCUCGAUACGUUCAUUGGGCGUGUGCGGGUUGAAGAUGUUAGCUCAUUGCAGGCCACACUGACCGGGUUGCCUAUCCGUCGUACAACAUUGGAAAUGGCCGACGGUGCAGCCCGUGUUCGCGAUUGGUGCUUCCACCAUAGAGCGUUCGACAAAGCCGAAGCGAGCCGCCUCCUGUCGAAGCGGUUGGGAUACGACAUCGGCGAUGCCUUGACCGCCGAGAAACUAACGCCCAACGUCGACAUCGCCUUCCCACUUUCAGGGGACCCAAUUCACGGAUCGCUCUACACACUCCUUCCCCUGCCCAUCCGGACCGGGUUCCCGGUUCACCUCAACGCCAUUUUUGCACUAACCCCUGACAGACAGAGCCUCAAGAAUCGUCAAGAAAUUGGCCUCCCUCAUUCGAGAGAAAGGCGCCUUAUCGAAUGGAACCGCCUCAUUUUCGAUGAAUACGCGCCGAAAGUUUGGGCCGAUCUCCUCUUGAAAGUCACUGCUAGCCUUGGCGCGUCUGCAUGCUGGACAGCAUGGCCAUCUCAAGAAUACGACAGCGAGAGCUAUUGGGUAGAUCUACCUGGAGCAUUGGUAAACGAAGUCGUUCAGCGAGGUCUCUGCGUCUUCCCAACAAUCGCGAAACCCCGUUUUAUAUCCCUUAGCGAUCGACAGACCCUCAUCUCACCAACAAAUCCCUCCGUAUCCUUGGAAUCACUGGCUUCUUUGGCGCUCGACGUUGUCCAGCCACCUUCCCACAUUUAUCAUCUCCUCCAGACAUCCUCUCCUCGGCCUAGCGCCUCCUUUCUUUCCGCUCAGCGUUUACACGAAAUUCUUCUCGAUCGAUCCCCCCGUGUAUCGUGGCCAUCGCUGGGGAACAAGGACGUAUUCCGCGAUGUCAUGGACUACCUCGUAUUCUCGUCGUCGAUACCGAACUACUCGCUCAUCAUCGGCUUGCCGUGGUUCUACCUUUCCAACAAGCCUGCCGGCCUUAUCGGCCUAACUUCGAAUGUACACGAGCAGAAGUAUUUUGUUCCCGCAACUGAAGAGGAGGCAUCACUCUUUGCGAAGCAUGACUGCUUAAUUUCCUAUGACUGCAUGUCAUCCCGUUUGCGCAACGUGCUUCUGUUGCCCGACUCGAGCAAGUACCUGAACGUCGCGCCCCUCAACCCUAUGGAGGUUAUCUCGUACUUAAAGGUCAAUUCAAAUCCUGAUGUACCUUGGGUGAUCAGGUUUUGGACCUGGCUCGAACGCUGGGAGAAAAGGAAGUUGUUUUUCAAACGAUUACUCGCGUGCGGCGGUUCUCUUCCCCUCCUGCCCACCGCUUCCGGGGCUGUCAGGAAAGUGUCCGACAAGAUGGUCUCGUUCCAGGACACCGAUGAUGCAAGUGUCGCAUCCUGGAAGACUGUCGGAGUGUACGGGCCACAUUCCGAUCUCACGAAUCAGGUGGUAGCAAUGCUACGUGACCAUUCCUUGAUUGUUAGCCCUCGUUCCCCAGAUUACAUUCCACUCCUCCUUCGAUCUUGCAACCCCACCCUCAUGUCCGGGCUGACUCCCACGACGUCGUUUCGCGACUCCUUCUACAACGGAUUGCCACCAUAUGGCGAAGUCUCGCCCUUGAGAAAAGAAGACAAGUAUGUUCUUGAAAGCCUCCCAAUCUUCUCGGUGCGGGACCCUACCGACGGACGCCCAUCUUUGGGCUGUGUGAACGGCUCGCGGAUACACGUUUCCAUACCGGAUCAGGAGUUCCCCCUUCCUUUUCUACUUCGUUUUCCGCCCGUCAUAUACAUAGACACCAACGACUACAAGACGAAGUGUCUGGCACAGCUUCUUGAGCCGAUUGCGCCAAAGGACACGUUUGGCUUACUAACGCUUGCCAUCGACCACUGGAAUGAUCAGAACUUCGACCUGCAGGGAAAAUUCGUCGAGGAGAUGGUCCGCCACUGGUAUCGGCUUCCAGCUGGCCUAAAAUCAAGGUUGAAAGAUCUGCCUUUCGUGACUGUCAACGGUCUCGACAAGCGUGUUAAACCACAUGGUCUAAUUAACCCUAAAUCUUCUCUCAGAAUCUUGUAUACUGGAGAACCUGGUAAAAUACCUUCUGGUCGCUUUGAAGAGGAUGACUACAUCGCAGUAAUGCAGAGCGCAGGAUUCUUCCCAUCGUCUCUCACGGAGCGUGUCGUCUCAGAACGCCUCGCCUAUCUCUCUUCCGCCCCUAGAAAUGCAUACACUAUCGAGAAGUCCCGCCAUCUCUUCGAGCAGCUCAAUCAAAGUUGGAGUCAAGCAUUCUGCGAUGCCGUACGCAGUCAUCGCUCGUCCGAGUGGCUUCCAGCUGCUUCCGGCUUGCUAGCGCCACAUGCUUCUCGCGAUGACUAUGUUGGCGAGAACGCCAAUCCUCACUUCUACGAUUUAGCACUGACACUGCUCCAGAAGUCCAGCGCCACUUCGAGAGGGUUACGCACUGCGCUAGGAUGGUCGGAUACCGUUCCGUUUGGCAUUCUAGCUGACCAGCUCCGUCUCACGAUCGAACUGUCUCAUAGCCACCAACGCGUUCGGAGACUGGAAGACAUGCUCCAAUAUCUGAGUGCUCUUUUCGAACGCAAUCAUCUCUCUGGUCGCGAGAUGGAAAUUUUACGCGCCGUUGUCGCGGACAAGUCAUGGAUUCCCGUUUCUUAUACCGAGACAGUUCCGUCAAGAUAUGCCCUUCUUGGGGAAAGCGGACUCAAACCGCCGUUCCGCCCAAUUCGACAACUCGAAAUGUCCCGGUUUCUUCGACAGAUGGGUUGCCACGACCAACCUCUUACUGCGACACUACUUGAUGAACUGAAGAAGCGGCCGAGCCCGCAGCCUUCCGAAGUGGAUCUUGUGGUUUCACUAUUACACGAGAUUUCGAAAUCCCCCAGCAAUGUCGAUCAAUCACUUCUUUGGGUUCUCGGGCGCGACCUGCGCUUACAUCGAUUCGAAGAUGUGUACUUCCCAGACGUUCAUCAGCUUUUUGUUCCAGAUGCAUUGAAGGAUAAAGUUGGAACUCAUCAGGCUAUAUCUCGCACACUGGCUGACGCCUUGGAGAUUCAAACUCUCAGCGCCCUUAUUCUGCAGCUCGGGGACUUGGAUGACUCGGAUGAUGAAGAACAGAUGUCGGAAGACCUCACAGGACGCAUCCGAGGCUUCCUCCGCGAGUAUGACGAGCGCUAUGCAUUUAACGAGUUUCUAGCAAAUGCCCAUGAUGCCGGCGCCAAAAAGUUCUCGAUCGCGAUCAGCAAUCCCUGGCCCCCUUCAACCACCACAAACGGUCUUCAGGUUAUUUCGCCGGAAUUUAGCGGCCUUCGGGGAUGCCAUUCUUUGAUCUUGCAUAAUGAUGCACUUAUGAGCGACGCGGAUUUCAAGGGUCUGCGACAGGUUGGCCAAGGUGGAAAACUCGACCAAUUGGAUACCCAUGGCAGGCAUGGCCUUGGAGCCUUGAGUUUUUAUUAUUUCAGCGAUGUUGCAAUCGUACUCUCAGGCAAAUAUGUCAUGAUAUUGGAUCCAUCUGCCAGGUAUUUGCCGCGUACACGCAGAGGCGGGAGGCGUACCGCAUUGAAGAGAACACUCGAGGAAAUGAUCAGCUCGUAUCCCGAUCAGCUCGCCCCAUAUGAGAAUGUUUUGGGAUUCUCCGUCAAGGAGCGCCACUACGCAGGGACAUUGUUCUGUCUCCCUCUAUCAUCGACAACACGGGAUUGCAGGUCAUUUAUUUGCGAACGGCCAUGCAAUCUUGCUGCCACAAUUGCCCACAUAAAUCAAACAUAUCGAGAGCUUGCUCGGAAUGCGUUCUACUUUACUCGCCUGGAGCGUAUUUCAGCAUGGGACGGCAUUCAACCUAUUUGGGAAGCAUCCGCAAGUCGCUCCGCAGUCCGAGAGCUCCAAGAUAGUUCGUUCACCCGCGAGGACGUCCGUAUCAGUUCGCACCAUACGGGAACCUCGACAGAAAGUUGGAUAGUUGCCACUUCUACGGUUUCUAUUCCGAUUGAGCACACCUCCACCGCGCUUUCACUUAAGCUCGGUCCGCAGAGUAAGUUGAAAGUUCAGUUGGCACUUAGAUUGCCUUCUGGAUCCAAUAUCGAGGAGCGCUACAAUACUCCGAAGGACCAUUACCUUUUUUCAACCCUACGUCUACCCAAGACGACAUCCCUCCCAUUCCAUCUUAAUGCCCGCUUUGCCAUCUCUUCGAAUCGUCAGAACCUUGUGUUCGCCCCACCUGAUAGUUCCGGCAAGCUGGACGCGAAAUCAAGCUUUAAUGCGUGGAUUCUCGAUGUCGUCGUACCGCCUCUAUAUCUGGCCACACUCGAACACCUCAUUAGCAAAGCGGAGAUGCGGCGCCAAUUCUUCCGCAAUGUAUGGUGGUUGAUUCACCCUCGCGACGAAAUUUCCAAGUUGGUUUCCGCCAGCUUUUUCAGACAUUUGCCAUCAUCGACAGCUCGGCUUUUUGAAGCUACUCGUAGCGAGGGAACUUUGCUCUCGUUCCAGGAAAGCGUGUUUUCGAUUCAUGAGCCACAGGAGGUGUGCGAAAUAUUGAAGACGAUCAAGAUACCCAAAGUUGUGACCUUACUUCGUCGGUUACCCAUCGUUCACAACCUCAAGGACAUCAAGUAUAUGAAGACUAUUGACCCCCCAUUCGUGAAAGGGGCCUUACUCGGUGCCAUACCAGCUGAAAUUCAACGGGGAUCCGAGUGUGAUGGCCCGACGUUUGAAAAGCAGAUCAUGGCAACUCUGGGGUACAUACGAGGUGAACCACCCUUUCCUGGUUUGCCUCUCGCAAUUUUAACCUCUGGAGCACUCGUCUCCGUUCCGGGCAUGAAUGACCCGCCUAUCUAUUUUUCCGAGCGAUCGCACGCAUCUUUGUUCCCGACAACCAGGUUUUUGAGAGCCAGCUACGACUCUGAGACUAUCCGAGCUCUCCUUGAUGAUCUGAGCACUCAUAUUCUCGAAUUGACCCAAGAUACCGUAAUGCCGCUCUUCAUACAGGAAUUCGAAGGCCUUCCGGACGACAAUGCUCGACGGCGACUGCUCGAAACAUUCUGGAGCUUAUACAGCACCCUCCCCGGCCCUCCAGAUCUCUCCAGCAUUGAGCAAUCCGAUUACAAGGUUGUCCAAGGCGUAUCACGCAACUUGUCGCUCAAAGAAUGCCAACCGGGUCAGAUCUUGCUGCUCAACAACGCCGGGAAGCCCCCAGAGUGGAUUCUCGCCGCUUCCCAGAAGCUCGGAAUCGAGACCGUUAGUGUCAAAAGCAAUAGGUCGCUGAGAGGUUAUCUCUCGAAACGUUUUUCUGAUGACAUUUUUACCGACUUCUUGAAGUGCCUGGAGACAAUUGGGGUUUCUCGCAUCAAUGGGACCAUAACCGAAAACGAGCGGAAGGAACUUCGUGCUGGGAUCGCGUCUCGUCUGUCUGAUUGGCGGCGUUGUGAUCCAGGGGUUAGCAAAGGUUAUCUUCGCAGUUUGAAGCUCUGGGAAUCUUGGUCGACCUCCGGUGAUCAAGUCUCUUCUGCUGAUGAGCUAGUCAAUGCAAUCCUCCCGUCAUUCUUUCCGCUCGCCUCCAUCAAGCGUUAUCUUGCCCCAGGACAUUCUAUAUCAGAGUAUUCUUCUAACCUCACGGAAUUCAUUGCUUAUCCGCGCCCAAGGAAGCGAAAAGCAGCACCUACAUUUGUCAUGUCACCCGCCGACAUGCUGAAAGUCAUCCGUUGGCCUGAGCGGCUUUCGGAGGAGCAAGAAGUGCAUGCUUUCAAGGACUUCCUCGACAACAUGCUUGGAUUCAGCCUCUGUAGUUUUCCAUCGAAAAGUCUGUACGUCCCAGACACCGAUGGAGUUUUACGACUUUUCAGCGACCUGUAUGACCACAAUGUGCCACUCUUCUCAACGACUCUCGUAUUCACUGAAAAUUCUUCUUUUAUGCACGAGGAGUUUCGCGCCACUGGAAGACUUUCUAUGAGAGCUGCACGCCAGCUAGGACUCCAGCACGAAGUCACCUUGCUGACUUUCCAACGCUGCGCACAGACCGUCCAACAGGCGUUCGAGAUGCACCUCCGAGGUCAGGAACAUCCAACACGCACCGAAGUCACCAACAUGGCGAGAAUCACCUUCAAUCAGUAUUGCACUGCCCUACCCUCCCUGCUCAUGACCAACCGCGGUGCAUGGAACUCCCUCGACGAGAUUUCUUUCGUUCUUCGUGACGACUCUCGGCGGCGAGGUGCCUCUUACUACGUCGACCCGUACUGCGGCCCUCGGCUCAGUUUACUCCUGCCGCCAUCGAGGUUCUUACUGCGCAAAUACGAGCCAGUUGCGUGGACGCAGAGGGCAUUGUUCCUUGAAGAUGAAGAGCCCGAAGAUGAUAUUUUAGCUGUACACAGAAAUUUGGGUGUGCCAGGCAUCUCCGAAGUGGUGGAGCAUCUUCGAAUCCUCGCGACGCAGAUUGGGCUAGAUCACCCGAAGGACCGAACGCUUAUCUUCGAUCUAAAGGCCACGUAUGAAUGGCUUAACGAACGCGCAGAUCAGGCGGGCCAAUAUCUGGCCCCCUUCGUUGACGAGCGCUUAUUCCUGAACGUCGUCGACCCCAUCGAGGAUACCUGGGAUGGACAGUGGUCCGCGGCUAGCGAGCUGGUGCUGAACAUGCACUACGAUACAAACAGAAAGAAGCGAGUCAACAGCUUUCUCCGCAAGUAUGACGCACUCCUGCGGGCGGCUGGAUGCAAGACUUUGAACCUCCAGUCCGUCAGAGAGGAGAGAUUGGCACCAGCAACUACUGGAACAUCUUCACAUUUGAGAGAUGCAUUCGACAGGAUGCGAAAGGACGGAAUCUUCCUCGACGUCAUGUUCGUUCAUGCACCGGAUUCGCCAGAGACAGAGGGGUUCCAGAUUCCUGCACACAAGGCAUUCGUCGCUGCGGCCAUUCCGCAUUUCCGGGAGAUGACAUCCCAGGGACUUGAUGCGAAGGAGGGAAAGUUCGAAUUUGAGGGGACGAAGUUUGGAGCAGAGGCGCUGCUUAAUUUCAUCUACACUGGAGAUUUCCAAAUAGACGCACCGGAAGACAACGCUGAGGCCUACAUGAUACUCUUGCGCGAUCUUCUCGAGCUGCUGCCGAUUGCCGACAGGUGGGGGAUGGAGGAAAUGAAGGCGAAAAUUGAGUGGUCCAUCAUUCACAAGUACGACAUGAUCCAGCGACUCCCUGAUUCGGAGGCAUUCAAUCUGAUAUCAGAGGAGGCAAUAAAAUAUCACGCCGAUGGGCUCAAGGAAGCGUUGGAGGAAUUCAAACGCAAGAAUGGCGAACUUUUGGAUUAG